AUGACUAACGGCCGCGGCGCGGAGCCCCCACAGCCCGGCGAGAACAAGGACUACCACAGCCAGGCGGCGCGGCGGCCGGAGCUACUAAUGAAAUAUUUUCCUCACAUUGCCAAGAAGAAGGCCGAAUUCACUUGCUUGAGAGUCCUGGAGCUUGCUAACGGCCCUCCGGCCUGUGGGCGGCCAGUGCCCGGACUGGACGACGUAGCUCCGGCUGCCGGCAACGAGCUGCUGGGCCACCUCUUUGCGCGCGCCCGGGCGGCCCGGACCUGGCGCAUCCCGGGGAUCCCGUGCAAGAUGCGGGCGCGCGUGAGUCUCCUCCUGCUGCGCACCCUGCAGCUGCUGCUGUGGGGUGGCCUGGCCGCCGAGCCCGUGGGGCGCGUGGGGCGCGCCGGCCGGGAGCUGCGCCAGGAGGCGGAGGCCUUCCUGGAGAAGUAUGGAUACCUAGAUGGACAAGUCUCCAAAGCUCCCACCUCUACACAAUUCAGCAAUGCCAUCAGAGAGUUCCAGUGGGUGUCCCAGCUGCCAGUCAGUGGUGUGCUAGACCGGGCCACCCUGCACCAAAUGAUGCGUCCCCGCUGUGGGGUCGCAGACACUGACAGUCAGGCCUCCUGGGCUGAGAGGAUCGGUGCCCUGUUUGCUGGACGUGCAGCCAAAAUGAGACGUAAGAAACGCUUUGCAAGGCAAGGCAAUAGGUGGUACAAGCAGCACCUUUCCUACCGCCUGGUGAACUGGCCUGAGCGCCUGCCUGAGUCCGCAGUGCGGGGCGCCGUGCACGCUGCCUUCCAGCUGUGGAGCAACGUCUCAGCCCUGGAGUUCUGGGAGGCUCCGGCCACAGUCCCCGCCGACAUCCGCCUUACCUUCUUCCAAGGGGACCACAACGACGGGCUGGGCAAUGCCUUCGACGGCCCAGGGGGAGCUCUGGCGCACGCCUUCCUGCCCCGCAGGGGUGAGGCGCACUUCGACCAGGACGAGCGCUGGUCCCUGAGCCGCCGCGGGCGCAACCUGUUCGUGGUGCUGGCGCACGAGAUUGGCCACACGCUGGGCCUUACCCACUCACCCGCGCCGCGCGCCCUCAUGGCGCCUUACUACAAGAGGCUGGGCCGUGACGCGCUGCUCAGCUGGGACGACGUGCUGGCCGUGCAGCGGCUCUACGGGAAGCCCCUGGGGCGCUCCGUGGCUGCCCAGCUCCCCGGGAAACUGUUCACAGACUUUGAAGCCUGGGACCCCCAUGGCCCCCAGGACAGGCGACCUGAAACCCAGAGUCCCAAGUACUGCCACUCUCCCUUCGAUGCCAUCACUGUAGACGGGCAGCAGCAGCUGUACGUUUUUAAAGGGGGCUACUUCUGGGAGGUGACAGCGGAUGGCAACGUUUCAGAGCCCCGUCCACUUCAGGACAGGUGGACUGGGCUGCCCCCCAACAUUGAGGCGGCCGCAGUGUCGCUGGAGGAUGGAGACUUCUACUUCUUCAAAGGCAGUCGGUGCUGGAGAUUCCGGGGCCCUGAGCCAGUGCGGGGUUCACCGCAGCUGUGUCGAGCAGGGGGCCUGCCCCGUCACCCCGACGCUGCCCUCUUCUUCCCACCUCUGCGUCGCCUGGUCCUCUUCAAGGGUACCCGCUACUACGUGCUGGCCCCGGGACAACCGCGUGUGGAGCCCUACUACCCCCGAAGCUUGCGGGACUGGGGCGGUGUCCCCAAGGAGAUCAGCGGCGCCCUGCCGAGGCCUGAUGGCUCCAUCCUCUUCUUUAGAGACGAUCGCUACUGGAGCCUGGACCAGGCCAGACUGCGGGUCACCACCUCAGGCCGCUGGGCCACGGAGCUGCCCUGGAUGGGGUGCUGGCACGCCAACUCGGGGGGCACCCUGUUCUGAGGGCACAGGAACUCCUGGACCCCUCAGGGCCCAGUCAUUUCCCCUGUCCCCCUGGCUUGGAAGUUCCCAAGCCUCCCCGGCCAAGGCCUGGCAGUGAUGUGUCUGCGCUGGUUCCCUGGCUGUUGCCACCAUGCAGGAGUAGGUGGGCCUACUCCAAGGACAAGCAAGCAAAGGUCCCAGGUCCCACUGGCUACUCCUGCCAACUGACCUUGCUGCUCCCCACGCCUCAGGGAUUUUGCUGCUUCUGCUAAUGGUGCAGUCCACCUGCGAGAUGGCAGGGCAGGGCCCAGCCCGGGAGGCUGCAUAACACAGCUACACAUCCUCCCGGCCCGGCUCAUCAGAGGCCUCCCUUGCAAGGAGCUGGGUACGUGAAGGUCAAGGGUUUUCUACCUCACUGGACCU